AUGGCCUCAGCCGACAGCGAAGUGAAAACCCUCCUCAAUUUCGUCAACUUGGCCUCGAGCGACAUCAAAGCCGCGCUGGACAAGUCGGCUCCUUGCCGCCGCUCGGUGGAUCACAGGAAGUACCUCCAGAAGCAGCUCAAGCGCUUCUCUCAGAAAUAUGCCCGCCUCCCGCGAUGCCACCACCACAUGCUACAGCAGCAGCAGCAGCAGCAGCAGGAGUCUCAGCAGCCACGAAGGGCUCUUGAGGGGAGGGCGCGAGGCUUGAGCGCUGCCGAGGGCGGCGCGGAAAGCCCGGUAGGCCGCGGCGGCACCUCCGCCGGGCUCGCCAAGAGCGAAAAGGCCUGCAAGGCCACAGGGCCUGCCAGCGAGCAGCAGAGCGCUUCGGAGGCGACUGCCAGGCCCGACCAAGUGCCCAUGAGGAAAAGGCAGCUGCCCGCCUCCUUCUGGGAAGAACCCCGGCCGGCUCCGGGCCCUUUAGGUAUAAGCGGCGUGGUUUUCGCCUCUCCUUCCUCCAAGGCCUUGCCCCAUUACGAGAGAAAGAAAAGUAAAAAGGGCCCUGACAGCAACGGGGCUGGUGCCGCACCCGAGAGCCCCACAAGUGGGACGGACAUGGAGGCCGUCAAGGUGCUGAGAGCCUGGAGCUGCUGUCCAUUUCAGUACCACAGAGCGCAGGCCUCCCCCGGCAUUUACCCGCCGCCCCUGACGGCCACCCUCCCGCCUGCGGCCCCCUUCGCGGGCCUGGGGCUGUGGAGGAAGAACACAGCCUCCCCUGCGGAGGGCGAGGCCUUCUGCAAGCCGGAAGGAAGCAGCGGAGCAGGGCAGAAAGUGCACCGGCCCGUGGUGUGGAAACCCAUCCCCACAAAGCCCGCCGCGCCGGCCCCCAUCUUCAGCGUCUUCGGGUACAUUUAG